AUGGCGCGGGCGGCGGGCGCGCGGGGCCGGGCUGCACGGUGCGGGCUCUGGCGGCGGGGCGCGCUCCUCGCCUUCGCCGCGUGGACCGCCGGCUGGGUGCUGGCAGCCGCGCUGCUGCUCCGCGCACACCCGAGCGUCCUCUCGGAGCGCUGCACGGACGAGAAGAGCCGGCGCAUCCUGGCUGCGCUGUGCCAGGACUACCGCGGUGGCUGGCUCACAGGCGCCCUGUGCGAGGACCUGUGUGUGGGCGGGGAGCUGCUGUACCAACGCUGCCUGUAUUACGAGCGUGGUAAGAAGGUGCUGCAGGCCCAGUGGCGCGGCCGGACCGUUGUCCUCAAAUCCAAAAGGGAGGCCUUCUCCAGCUUCCCACCCCUCAAUCUGCUGGAGGAGGAAGCAGGGCCAGGUGCCCCGGGUAUCCCCGAGGCUGAGCUGCUCCUGAUGGUAGCAGGGGAGGUCAAGAACACGCUAGGCUUGGAGCUGCCCAACAACAGCAUAGCCCCGCUGUGGCCUGCCAGGCAGGGCCCUGGCUGGCGUCAACAACUAGCCAGUGCGUGGUCACUGCUCCAACAGGAGGAAUAUGUGUACUUCAGCCUGCUGCCAGAUCUGAGCCGCCACAUCCUACCCGUCCUGGGAUCCUGUGGUCAUUUUUACGCAGUGGAGUACUUGGCUGCUGGUAGCCCUCACCACAAGGCUCUCUUCCCACUGGACGAUGCUGGCCAAGCCCAGGCUAUUAGCCACAUUGCCCUCAGCUUCCUGGACAUGGUGAGCCAUUUCGACAGUGACUUUUCCCACCGCCUCCACCUCUGUGAUGUCAAACCUGAGAAUUUCGCCAUCAAGAGGGACUUCACGGUGGUAGCUAUUGAUGUAGACAUGGCCUUUUUUGAGCCUAAGAUGAGGGAAAUCCUUGAGCAAAACUGCACAGGAGAUGAAGAUUGCAAUUUCUUCGACUGUUUCUCCAAGUGUGACCUGCGAGUGAACAAGUGUGGAGCCCGGCGUGUCAACACCAACCUGCAGGUCAUCUGUGAUAAAAUAUUCCGCCACUGGUUCUCCUCAACACACAGGAGCCCCGCCAUCUCCCCCCAGCUUCAGCUGCAGCUACAGCAGGCCGUCCAGGAGUGUGCUCACCAUGGGGGUCCCUCAGGGAAUUCCUGGACAGCCUCUUCCAGUGUGUUCUGGAAGCUUCGAUGGCUCUUGCAGGCUACCCUGAAAGAACUGCAGGAGGUGGAGAAGUAGCCUCUCUCGCCUUUGUCAUCAAGAGUGGACAGAGGAAGUGACCUUCAAGUGACUCCUGUAGUUGCUAUGCACAUGAGUUGUCAGAGGCAUUAGCAUGCUCUUUUGAAGUGUGCACCUGAACUCCUCUUCUGUGGCUGUGACAUGGACCUCUCGUGCUCCUGCCCAGCUUGGUUCGAUCUGGUUUCCUGGUGACUUCUGGCCUGUAACUCCCUCAGCAGUGACCAAAGGGAGGAGUUUCGUCAGAGUUGCCAGUAUGCAACCCUCUGGGGACUGUACACAUACCUUGCCAUUAGAGACAAGAGGCAGCUGCUCUUCCCUGUUAGCCACUAGCAAGCUAAAGAAUGACUGUGGACAUACAGAUGAAUAUGUUUGUAAAUAAUUGUGUGCAUAUGUGUGCACACAUGAGUGUAUGAGUGGGUUUGUAUAUAUAAAUGUGCAGUGUAUAUACAUGAGUAUGUUGUGUGUAAAUAUGCAUAGGCUUGUGAGUGAGUGAAACUGUACAUGGUCUCAUAAUUAUGAGUGUUCCUGUGUGUGUGUGUAUGUGUGUGUGUGUGUGUGUGUGUGUGUGUAUUCGCGCACACAUGCCCAUGAACCAGUCAUUGUGCCUGUGAAUCUGUGCUCAUGGGUGAUUCAAUGUGAGUUCACCCAGAAGUGCAUGCAUGUGUACAUCCAGAGGUAAGUAAGUGGGUGGGCACGAGGAGCCUGUGUGGAGGGGUGGCUUUUCAAUGUGUCCCUAGGAAUCUUGCCUAGCUGGCAACAAAGUACUAAUUUUUUUCUGGAAUUAAAUGCAAUAAAAUGUUGUGUCUUUAA